UCUAUGGAAGAAGUAUUAAAAAUAUUUCGAAUAAACAUUUUAGCUUGUUUCUCAUUUAGCCUCUUUUAGUCAUAAAAGUGACAUCACUGGUCAUUAGUAGUAGUAGUAGUAGUAGUACGAAUGAGCGUGUGAGGCCAAAAAACUGUAAACCAAAAGAAGAAAAAGCAAACCACAAAAGAAGCAAAAACAAGAAAAAGUAAAAAAUUUUCCCCGUUUGUUGUCCUUUUCGUUUUAAUAAUAACAAGUGCAAAUGGAUUAGAAUGCUUCAAAUUCAUUGAGAAAAUUGAUAAAACAAAAAACGGAGCAUACACAACCAAAAGCCGGGCAUGUUAGAAUUAUAUCGUAUUUCAGCAAUCGCGGAGACGUCGAAGAAGCCACUCGAAGCAGAAAGAGCAGGAGGACGGACGGGUCGGGGAUUAGGUCCAGCUUCAGGUUAAGAGCAGCAGCAGCCAAAUGUUGCUAGCCGGUCUGCCGGCCUUUAAUGGCAGCAACACAGCUGGCACUGGGGGUGCACCUACACCAACGGGCGUGGGAGUGGCUGGAGCUGGAGCUAAUUCGGGUCGUCCCAGUGCGGCAAGUGCGUUAAUGAAAACCCUGUCCGUUCGACUACACCGCGGCACAGAGUUCAUUAAGGAUACAGUGCAAAGGGCCUUGGUUAUGUCCACACCAGUGACAGGCCCAUCCUCCCAUGCCACAGCAUCAUCAUCCACAACAGCAUCAGUCAGCAGCAAUUGCCAUAAUCAUCUUCAGUUUCAGGAAUCCCAAAGUCUGAAACGUAAAUUGAGCGGACCCGGUGGUUUAAUGGGAUGCAGCAAUCCAAGCACAUCCAAUAGUAUCAGCAGUAGUGCAGCCACCAGUUCCAGUUCAGUCCGUCAAUAUAUUUUAAGUCAUCAACAGCCGCUGCCACCGCCGCCGCAGCACCAACAGCAGCCAACCUCAUCAAUUCUAACCUCGGCGUCAUUCCUCAAAGCAUUUACAGUGGCGCCAACUAAUCUACAUCGAUCGGCAUCCGCUCGCAAACGUAAUCCCAGCACCGACAGCCUCCUCAUGGAUCUUUGCCUGUUCAAGCCCAUUAGACCCAUGCCCAUAACACCAGUCAGAAUUAACAAAGCUCGAGGUUUUGAACUGAAGAAACCCAAAUUUGUGUCCAUUUUAAAUGCCUAUAGUGACGACGAAGAGGACGAUGACGAUGAUGAUGAUGUAGACGAUGCUGUUGAACCCAAGGAUGCCCAGCCGGUAAUACACAAGCCAAAGCUUAGCACGGUCAUAUUGCCCCAACAUGGAAAAUCGGCAUUUGUGCCAAUGCCGUAUAUAGAGACAACUAGCGACACCAUUACCACCAGCACAAUCACAACCACCAGGACUUCAGUUGGAAGUAGCACCCAAACCCACAACACACACACCUCAGGCCCAGGCAAACCAGCCAAUAAGCCAAAGCGCCGUCGUCGCGCACCCUUGCUCACAGCCAAGCGGCGUCGUAAAGCAGUUGGACCGAUUGCUACAGCUGUAAUAUUAACAUCACCAGCACCACCACCACCACCACCGCCGCCACCUCCAACCCAAUCAGCAGCAACAAAGCGUAAAGCAACUGCAUCUUCCACCUCAAAAGCAGCGAUAGCAACAAAACGUAGUCGACGUUCAGUUGCUAGCGCUGGUAGCGGCAGUGGCAGUGGCGGAGGAUCUAAAAACACCUCAACAUCUCCCCCGCCGUCGACUGCUCGCCCUUCACCGCCCAUGACACGCCAACGCCUACGUAAACAGAUCUCCGCCAGUAGCAGCAGCAGUAGGAACAACAAUUAAUUUGCAGUCUCAUCAUUAUCUACUUAAAAGAACAACCCAAAAUUAUUUAUGUACACCCUAAGUUCUCGUCUAGUUUUGAUUCUACUUGCUGCGUUCAAGUAAGAAAGUUUAA